CCAGAUGUUGAGGUGCACAAAGCUGUUGGAGACUCACUGGAAUUAAUCGCUGAUUAUCCAAAAAAAGAUCUUGAAGUGCAGUGGAAAUAUAAUCAGAUUGAAUUUGCUGAAUAUCAAAAUGAUAAUUUAAAAAAAGUGAAAUCUGAAUUAUUUAAUGACAGGUUAAAGAUGAAUAAGGACACUAUUAGUGUAACAGUGACAGACCUUAAACUGCAGGAUUCUGGAAGAUUCUCUAUUGUUGCAGUAAAAAAAUCUGAACAAUAUGACACAAAAGAAUUUGUACUUCAUGUUCAUGAGCUCAUCAGAGAGGUCAAGAUUGAGUACAAUUAUUUCUGGCUGCAAUCAAAAAACAUCUGCAGGUUUCAUCUCCGGUGUCUGGCGUCUGGAGAUCCGAAUCCCUCCUACAGCUGGAUCCGUCAUCAGACGCAAGGAUCACACCUGAAUAUCAGCCUCCGUUUAGCAGAGAAAGCUACACUCAACUGCACAGCCAGCAACACCGUCAGCGUCAAGUAUGCUACUGAGACUGUAGUGUGCACAGAGAAAUCUGACAAUUCAACUAUGGCAUCAGUAGGCGUCGGUAUCGUCGCAGUCAUUAUAUUGAGUGGAACAGUCGCUGUGUGCUGCAGGUGGAGGAAGAAUAAAGGACAAGGAGAAAGUGAAGCUGGUAUUACAGACUAUGAAGACGUGAACACUGCAAAGAAACGAUCUGAUAGUGUUGUAAACGGGAUGUCCAUUUAUGAAACGGUGGAUGACAUAAAACUCUCACAAAACUUGCCUCAAACCCUGUAUGACAAAAUCAACUAUCAGCGUCACCCUGCGGUCAGCGCCAGCAGUUCCUCCCCUUACCAGGAAGUCCUGUGAGCGUGAGACAGACAGACGGUUCAUGUAUUGUUUUGUCAUCUUAUCUCUGGAUUGAGUUAACCAGCCUCCCAUAUGUAUUGUUGGCUGCAUCGGUUGACCUUUGAACUCUUGCAUUAAAUGCACUGUGCAUUCAAUGUAUCACGUUGGAACACUUU